CGCAGAUAGAUUCGAUUUUUAGGUUAUGUUCAGUAACAAAAGUAGAAUAUUUUGUGUGUAUGCGUAGUUUAUAUUAAUUCUCUCAGCUAUUAUUAUAAACAAAAUAGAAAGAAUCCAAUAGUUAAAAUAGGAUAAUUUUUGAAAAAAAUGGAUGAAAAUAAGAAAGACAUUUCAAAAUUAGAAGGCAUUACAAAUUUUGAAUGGAUUAUUAAAAAUUACGAUCCUGAAGGAAAUUAUGUUUCCGAUUUAUUCUCUAUAAAUGGUAUUCCCAAUGUAAAAUGGUUUAUUGAAUUCCAAUCGCAAUACACUACUGAGAGAUUUAGGGAUGAUGGAAAUGAUUUUGUUCUUUUUGAACUUCGCAAUGAGAAGAAUUCAUUUUUUCAUUAUAACAAUCUACCAGUAAAUAUAGAAAUUUCUCUUGGAACCGUUGGGAAGGAAAGAAGAAUAUUUAGCAUUAUUGUAUAUGGUCCGAUUUCUAAUUUUCAAAAUAACAUUCAAUCCUGUGAAUUAGUUCAAUUACUUGACGUUAAUUGUCUUCAUAUAAAUCUAACAGUGACACCUCUGAAUAAGAUAAAAAACAUAAUUUCUUCUUCGACCAAUUAUAAUAAUUUUAAAUUAUUCUUAAUGAGCGAUCACCUAAGUGAUGUUAAAUUUAAAAUUGAUAACAAGGAAUUUCCUGCUCAUAAAAUAAUGCUCGCUUCUGCGAGUCCAGUUUUUGAAAAAAUGUUUUUUUAUCAAAUGAAGGAGAAUAUUACAAACACUGUUGAAGUAAACGACACUGAUCCAGAUGUUUUCAAAGAAAUGUUGAAUUUCAUUUACACUGGAAAUGUUGAUAAUUUAGAUUCUGUGGCUUUUGGUCUUUUUGAAUCAGCUAAUAUAUAUGAUAUAUCUAAAUUGAAAAUAAUUUGUGAACAACAUCUUGAAAAUGGUUUAGCUGUUUACAACGUAAUUUCUAUUUUCGAACUUGCCGAUCGCUAUAAUUCAUUACAUUUAAAAAAAAAAUGCAUUGAAUAUGUCGACAAAAAUUACACAACGAUUAAAGAAACUAAAGAUUUUAAAGAUUUGAAUAAAGAUUUAACAAUGGAAUUGUUAGAUGCCAUAAUCACAAAAGCUAAACUAACAGAAGCUUCGUAAUUUUAUUGAUUUGUCAUUCAACAGAUUUUUUUAUCGCCCUUUUGUUUGAUUAAAAAAAAGUUUACUUUAAAAUACACAAGAACAACAUUUUAAAUAUAUAAGCCUUAGUUUUUAAAAUAACGUAAUUGAUGAGUGUUUGAUAAAAAAAAGAAAUUUGAAAUAUUUUAUAAUAUAGAAAUAUUGCUGUUAAUUUUAAAUAAACAAGAAGAGCAUCGAACUCAAAUAAUUAUGUUAAUUUGAAAACAUGUUUAACAAAAUUUGAAUGUUUAAUUUAACAAUUUAUGAUUGAACUGCAUUUAUCAUUAGUUGUAUGUGUUUUUGUUCUUGUUUGCAAAAAAAUGAAGAAGAUUUAUGUAUUCAUAUUUUUCUUUUACAAUUUCAAAUUGUUAAUAAUAGAAAAAUUAUAUAUAAACGAAUAAGCUGUG